AUGACGGACAAGCUACCCCCGCCACUUUUGGCGCUGUUCCAGCCGCGCCCACCCCUUCGAUAUCUGCCCCCGGGCGAUCGCGCCCCAGAGGACUGCGGCAAGAGUACCAUCUCAGGUGUCGCCCAGUUCCUUGCUGAGGCAAAGUCUUUUGCGGAAGAAGUGCCUUACAAUGCCACUGAGAGCUGGAUUCAGCGCAAAUAUCGGCAGAAGACGGAGAAGAAAGCAAAGCAAGAGAGUCAAGUCACAGAAGGGCUGCAAAAUUUCAACCCUGAAAAGGAUCCUCAAGCUCGAGGUGACCCAUUCAGGACUCUCUUCAUCGCGCGCCUCAGCUAUGAUGUCAAAGAAGCCGACCUAGAACGGGAGUUCAGCCGAUUUGGUCCCAUUGAAAGAAUUACACUCGUCAAAGACACCACGUCAGACAAGAAGAAGAAGGCCCACCAAGGCUAUGCUUUCGUAGUAUACGAGCGCGAGAAAGACAUGAAAGCUGCCUACAAAGAAACAGAUGGCAUCCGGAUUAAGGACCGUCGCGUCCUAGUAGAUGUCGAGCGUGGCCGUACUACUAAGGGAUGGAAGCCUCGCCGUUUGGGUGGUGGUCUCGGUGGACGUGGCUACACCAAGGCCAUGCCGUCUCGUCCCGGUGGCCCCGGAUUCAACGCCCCUUCAGGUCCCGGUGGGUAUGGAGGUGGAUUCCGCGGUGGCUUUGGUGGCCGUGGUGGUGGUGGAGGUUUCCGUGGUGGCGGCGGUGGCUUCCGCGGCGGUGGUGAUCGCUUCGGCGGUCCUCGUGGUGGAAUCGGAUACCAGGGCAAUCGCAACGGUUUCGGUGGACAAGCCCCUCCUAAUGCUCCUUCAGGCCCCGGUGGUGGACGUGGAGGUUUCCGUGGAGGCUUCGGCGGCGGCGGCGGCGGCGGCAGAUUUGACCGUGGAAUGACUGGCAGCAACUCAGAGCCUGUGCGGCCUCGAGGAGACGGAUUUGCUGACCGCGACCGCCGUGACUAUGAUCGCGAUGACCGAUACAGAGAUCGCGGUGGCGAUCGUGGUGACCGUGGUGGUGAUCGUGAUCGCAUGGGAGACCGCAAUGGAGACCGAUACCGUGACCGCGAUCGCGAGCGUGAUAGGUAUGGCGGCGGCGGCGGUGGCCGUGACGAUUAUGCCCGCAAGCGACACCGCGAGGAUGAACCUGGCCAGGAUGACCCCCGAUCUAGGAGAAGAUACUAG